AAUUUCACUCGAUACAGCUUCUUCUUCCACGAGAUCUUUCCGGCCCUUUAAAUUCUUUCUUUUUCCCAUCAGAAUGAUUCUCUGAUCAUCUUGUUAGUCAAAUUACCCAUAUGAUCUCUUUCUUUCGAUCAGAAUCCAUAGCAAAGCUCUCUCUUUUCCAUUUCUGACACUUCUGCUUUCCAACAUACUGUCAUACUCCGUGUGUUUUCACUUGGUACACAAGUGAAUAAUAGUGAACCCAAUGCCAAAACUAGUUCUGAAAGUAGGAAGCAGACCGCCAUGGGUGGGUUUGGCAGCCGCGGUCUGGGUCCAAAUCGCGGCUGGAAAUUCCUACAACUUCCCACUCUACUCCUCAACACUCAAAUCCGUAAUGGACUACAACCAGCAGCAGGUGACGUUGCUUGGAGUGGCUAACGAUAUUGGAGAGAGCGUGAGUAUUCUCCCUGGUAUUGCCUGCAAUAAGUUCCCUCCUUGGGCUCUGCUUUUGGUUGGUGCCUUGCUGUGUUUCUUAGGAUAUGGUGUUCUAUGGCUCGCUGUUUCCCAGACUGUUCAGAACCUGCCUUAUUGGCUGUUAUGGCUUGCGCUAUGUAUUGGAGCCAACAGCUGUGCAUGGUUUGGCACAGCUGUGCUUGUAACCAACAUGAGAAACUUCCCUCUCAGUAGGGGCACAGUUGCUGGCAUUCUCAAAGGUUAUAUCGGGAUCAGUGCUGCAGUGUAUACAGUAAUAUGCAGUAUGGUGCUAAAUGACUCAGCUUCAAAACUAUUGUUAUUCCUUGCACUUGGGCUUCCUUUUUUAUGUUUAGCCAUGAUGUACCUUAUUCGGGCUUGUACUCCGGCAUCUGGAGAAGACUCUUCAGAGCAUGUUCAUUUUAUUUUCACACAAGCUUCUAGUGUUUUGCUUGCCAUCUAUCUUCUCGCGACCACAGUGACAAGUGACACAGUUUCUCUAAGUGGCACUGUUUCCUACAUUUUAGUUGCCAUAAUGGUUAUACUUCUGAUGUCCCCCCUCGUAAUUCCUGCGAAAAUGACAUUUUUUCCUGCAAAGAAACUGGGUGCCCCUGUUUAUUCUUCAGAUGAUUUAGUUGGUUCAACCCAAACAGAUCCUUUGUUAACACCAACUUCAUCAUCUACACAUCUUGGAAAUUUCCAUGAGAGAGAGGAUGCUUCAGAUGUGGAAACACUUCUUGCUGUUGGGGAGGGGGCAGUGAAGAAGAAAAGGAGAGGCCCCCGUAGGGGGGAAGAUUUCAAGUUCCGUGAAGCUCUAAUCAAGGCUGAUUUUUGGCUUCUUUGGUUUUCAUACUUUCUUGCGGUUGGUCCAGGAAUAACAGUUCUAAAUAAUCUGGCUCAGAUUGGGGUUGCAUUAGGUGUUGAUGAUACAACCUUGUUGUUGUCUCUCUUCAGCUUUUGCAAUUUUGUGGGUCGUCUUGGUGCGGGUGCUGUUUCUGAACACUUUGUCAGGUCGAGAACACUUCCUCGCACGUUUUGGAUGAUAUGUGCACAUAUUGUAAUGACCGUAUCUUUCCUUCUAUUUGCAUUAUCCCUCACUUCUACUCUCUAUAUUGCUACUGCUCUACUUGGAAUCUGCUAUGGUGUUCAGUAUUCUACGAUGGUCCCAACCGCCUCUGAGAUUUUCGGCUUAAAGCAUUUUGGCAUAAUAUACAGCACCAUGGCAUUAGGCAAUCCUAUUGGUGCAAUCCUUUUCUCAGCUCUGCUUGCUGGUUAUUUAUAUGAUGCUGAAGCUGCUACACAAGGAGGGUCUACCUGUUUAGGUUCCAAUUGCUUCAGGCUCACUUUCCUGGUUCUGGCUGGAGUUUGUGGGCUGGGCACCAUCUUGAGCACAAUUCUGACCAUUAGAGUGCAACCGGUCUACCAACUGCUUUAUGCUGGUGGUUCUUUUCGACUUCUUCAAAAUACAAAUUACUGACAAUGUGGGUUCCUAGUUCCCGAGCUGAGAUGAUUGAGGUGUUCCAAUGUUGUACAGGUAUGCUUCCAUAAGUUAACUACCAAGGGAAUAUCCGAGGUGUGCCUUUGCAAAUGUACUACUAUUACUUGUGUGAAAAUCUGUUGAGCCUCCCUCACCCCCAAGGAGAUGAUUUAUUCGGGGAAGCUUCAAUCGAAGUCAUUUGUUGUUAUUACAAAGUUUGGGGGCUUAGAGUAGAUGCCUCACAUUCAUAUCGACAUUUGCUACAUUGGCCUUUUGAGGAACUGUACUUAUUAUGUAUAAACACAAUCACAUUUCAUUUUUGAGGAGAAAUCUUCAUAAUUUUGACAUAAA